CCCUGCACCCCAAACCCUGCCCUGUGCCCCCUGCACCGUGCACCUCCCGCAGCCCCUGUGCUGCACCCCGCGUGCCCCACACCUCGUACCCAGCACCCUGCACCCCACAGCCCUGCUGCCCCCGCACCCUGCACCCCACAGAAUGCACCCUGCACCCCUCGCAGCCCACACUGCACACCCCCUCCACGCACCUCACAAGGUGCACGAUGCACCCCAAAACAUGCACUGGGCACUGCGCUGUGCAAAGGGCACCCCACACUGAGCAUCGUGUGCUGGGUGCCCCACACCACACUGUGCACCCAUCACCCCGUGCCGUGCGCCCUGUACCCACUCUGUGUGCCCCACACCGUGUACCCCUCACCAUGCACCCCUCACCGUGCACCCCGCACUGUGCACCCCGCACUGUGCACCCAUCACCCUGUGCCGUGCGCCCUGUACCCACUCUGUGUGCCCCACACCAUGCACCCCUCACUGUGCACCCUGCACUGUGCGCCCCACACUGUGCACCCAUCACCCUGUGCCAUGCACCCUGUACCCACUCUGUGUGCCCCACACCGUGCACCCCUCACCGUACACCCUGCACUGUGCACCGUGCACCCCACACCGUGCACCCUGCACUGACUGCACCCCACACCGUGCACCCCACACCGUGGCCCGGGGCUCGGGCACCUGCCGGGCCGAUGGCGGGGAGGGGGAGCCCAGCCCGGCCGAGUCAAGGCUGUGGCGUGUUAAUAAUUGCCGGGGCUGGGGCCGGGCCGGGGGGCGGCGGCCCGGGAGCACCCCCUCAUCCCCGUCCCUGUCCCUUCCCGCAGGGGCAGGAGGAUCCAGGCAGGCGGCAGAGGACGGCUCCCGGACCCCUCCUCGGCGCAGCGGGGUCCGCUCAGGUGCUGAAGAGGCGGCGGCCGCCCGCCCCCGUGGCCCACGAUGCCGUCCAGCGGGACCCUGGAUGCCGGCAGCCCCGCGCCCAGCCGCGAGGCGCUCGACACGCACAAGGGGGAAGAGGAGCCCGAGGAGAACCCGAGCAAGGAGGAGAAGCAGGAGCCGGGGACGCCCAUGAGGAAAGCCGGGCGGCCCGGGCGGAAGCGCAAGCAUGCCCAGGCGGAAAGCAGUGACACCCCCAAAGACACCGCGGCCGUCCCCAAGUGCCCCCCGCCCUGUCCGGAGGCCAGUCCCGCCGAGCCGCUGCCCAACGGGGACGUGGAGGGGGACACGGAGGAGGCCGGGAGCCCCAAGGGCGGCCGGCCCGAGGAGGACGAGACGGAGAGUCUGGCGGACGGAGAGACGGGCCGGGCGCUGGAGAACGGCCGCUGCACCCCCAAGGAGGGCCUGGACGCCCCGGCCGAUGAGGGUGAGCUGGCCCCUUCCGACCCCCAGAAGAAACGCGGGAGGAGGAAACUCCUGGAAGCCACAGAGAAAAGCAAGGACGAGAAGGAGGAAAACAACUUCGACACCCUGAAAAUGGAGGGCUCGCGCGGGCGGCUCCGCGGCGGGCUGGGCUGGGAGUCGAGCCUGCGGCAGCGGCCGAUGCAGCGGCACACCUUCCAGGCCGGGGACCCCUACUACAUCAGCAAGAGGAAGCGGGACGAGUGGCUGGCACGCUGGAAGCGGGAGGCGGAGAAGAAGGCCAAGGUGAUCGCCGUGAUGAACGUGGUGGAGGAGCCGGCGCGGGCCGAGGCGCAGAAGGAGGAGGAGGCGAGCCCCCCGCCCGCCCCGCAGCAGCCCACCGACCCCGCCUCGCCCAGCGUGGCCACCACACCCGAGCCCGCCGUGGCCGACGCCGGAGACAAGAACGCCUCCAAAUCCGCCGACGACGAGCCCGAGUACGAGGACGGGCGCGGGUUCGGCAUCGGGGAGCUGGUGUGGGGCAAACUGCGCGGCUUCUCCUGGUGGCCCGGCCGCAUCGUGUCCUGGUGGAUGACGGGCCGGAGCCGCGCGGCCGAGGGCACCCGCUGGGUGAUGUGGUUCGGGGACGGCAAGUUCUCGGUGGUGUGCGUGGAGAAGCUGCUGCCCCUGAGCUCCUUUGCCAGCGCCUUCCACCAGGCCACCUACAACAAGCAGCCCAUGUACCGCAAGGCCAUCUACGAGGUGCUGCAGGUGGCCAGCAGCCGGGCUGGGAAGAUCUUCCCCGCGUGUCCUGAGAACGACGAGACGGACACGUCCAAGGUGGUGGAGAUCCAGAACAAGCAGAUGAUCGAGUGGGCCCUGGGUGGCUUCCAGCCCUCGGGCCCCAAGGGGCUGGAGCCCCCCGAAGAGGAGCGGAACCCCUACAAAGAAGUUUACACGGAGAUGUGGGUCGAGCCCGAAGCAGCCGCCUACGCACCGCCCCCUCCCGCCAAAAAACCCCGCAAAAGCACAACCCAGGAGAAGCCCAAGGUCAAGGAGAUCAUCGACGAGCGCACCCGAGAGCGGCUGGUGUACGAGGUCCGGCAGAAGUGCAGGAACAUCGAGGACAUAUGCAUCUCCUGCGGGAGCCUCAAUGUGACCCUGGAGCACCCUCUGUUCAUCGGGGGGAUGUGCCAAAACUGCAAGAACUGCUUUCUGGAGUGCGCGUACCAGUACGACGACGAUGGGUACCAGUCCUACUGCACCAUCUGCUGCGGCGGCCGCGAGGUGCUCAUGUGUGGCAACAACAACUGUGCCAGGUGCUUCUGCGUGGAGUGCGUGGACCUGCUGGUGGGCCCGGGGGCGGCGCAGGCGGCCAUCAAGGAGGACCCCUGGAACUGCUACAUGUGCGGCCACAAGGGCGUCUACGGGCUGCUGCGGCGGCGGGAGGACUGGCCCUCGCGCCUGCAGAUGUUCUUCGCCAACAACCACGACCAGGAGUUUGACCCACCGAAGGUGUACCCGCCGGUGCCCGCUGAGAAGAGGAAGCCCAUCCGGGUGCUGUCACUCUUUGAUGGCAUCGCCACAGGCCUGCUGGUGCUGAAGGACCUGGGCAUCCAGGUGGACAGGUACAUCGCCUCCGAGGUGUGCGAGGACUCCAUCACCGUGGGCAUGGUGAGGCACCAGGGCAAGAUCAUGUACGUCGGGGACGUCCGCAACGUCACCCAGAAACACAUACAAGAGUGGGGCCCCUUUGAUCUGGUGAUUGGGGGGAGCCCCUGCAACGACCUGUCCAUCGUCAACCCGGCCAGGAAGGGUCUCUACGAGGGCACUGGACGCCUCUUCUUUGAGUUCUACCGCCUGCUCCACGAAGCCCGGCCCAAGGAGGGUGACGACCGGCCCUUCUUCUGGCUCUUUGAGAACGUGGUGGCCAUGGGGGUGAGCGACAAGAGGGACAUCUCGCGCUUCCUGGAGUCCAAUCCCGUCAUGAUUGAUGCCAAAGAAGUGUCUGCAGCGCACCGGGCACGCUACUUCUGGGGGAACCUGCCCGGCAUGAACAGGCCACUCGCGUCCACCGUCAAUGAUAAGCUGGAGCUGCAGGAGUGCCUGGAGCACGGCAGGAUAGCAAAGUUCAGCAAAGUGCGAACCAUCACCACUCGCUCCAACUCCAUCAAGCAGGGCAAGGACCAGCACUUCCCCGUGUUCAUGAACGAGAAGGAGGACAUCCUGUGGUGCACGGAGAUGGAGAGGGUCUUUGGCUUCCCCGUGCACUACACGGACGUGUCCAACAUGAGCCGCCUGGCCCGGCAGAGACUGCUCGGCAGGUCCUGGAGCGUGCCGGUGAUCCGCCACCUCUUCGCGCCCCUGAAGGAAUACUUUGCCUGCGUUUAGAGAUGGGCAGGAACUGGUCACACGGAGCGAGUCGGUAACAAACCCAUCCACGCCAAGAGAAGUGAACACACGGAAUGAGAGAAGAGUCAGCACCCAGAAGAGAGACGGGAUUUCGCAGCCCGACGGGAACCCAGCACACGUCUCCCUGAGCGAAAGGGGUCGGUGUCCUCUCCGGAAUUUCCCAGGAUCAGCUUUAGCUAUUUAAAAACAAACAGAAACCACAAGAAGCAAACAAACGACGAAGACGGCGAAAGCAAACAAACAAUGACGAAACAGAAAAAAAAAAAAGAAAAAGAAAAGAAACCAAAACCAUUUUUUUUUGGGUAACCUUUUAAUUUUCCGCUCUUUUCUGGCUGGGUUUUCCUGUCGGUUUGGUUUCUGCUUCUCGGAGCAGCGGGCGAGACGAGACGCCGUCGCCAGUGCCGCUCUCGGAGAGGGGGAAACGGCAGCGGGAAAGCCCAGUCGGGAGGGAGGCGGAGGCAAAGGAGACCCGCUCUGCUCCGAGACCCGCUCCGAGACCGCUCCGCUCCGUCCGCGCUCGCGCCUGGCCGGCCCGGCCCCAGCUCCGGCAGCGCUCGGCGGCUCCAGCGCCCGGCGGCUGAGCCUCGCUCUGUUCCACCAGCACCGCUCUCCGGUGACAUGGAGCCAACCCGGCAGGGAGGCCGGGAACACACACACCACACACACACCUUUUCUACAGUAUUUUGGGUGCCUACCACACGGAAACCUUGAAGAGAGCAGAUCCUAGAAGCCGCUGUUACCUCUUGUUUACAGUUUAUAUAUAUAUGAUAGAUAUGAGAUAUAGAUAUAUAUAUAUAUAAAAGGUACUGUUACUACUGUA